AAGAUAAUGAUGUUGAUAUGCUAGGGAGUACCGACUUAAGUGGAGAAUAUAUAGCUGAAAAUAAAGACAAAGUAGACUGGUCUUCAGUACAUACUUUGUGUGUAUUUGGAAAUAUAUGCCUUAAUAAGGCUGCAACGGAGAAUCUUAGACAAGAAAGACAAGAAAGAACUGUCAUCUUAAAAUUCGAAUCAUUUGAAAUUAUAUAG